ACUCUGUAUAAUAAGAAGUCUUCUUCAUAUGCAGCAGCAGCAGCAUCAGGCGGUCGGGGUCCAGGACUAUGGCACCAGUCUACUGAGUCUACUGAUCCUACCAUGAGGGUGAUCACUGUCAAAUGGCUGAGGUUAAAGAUCUGGAAGAAAAACACUUUCCUCUUCCUGCUCUUCUGGGGCUCUUGCUGGAUUUUCGUGAAUACUUUUCUGUUUGUUCAGCGGAGCAUGUUCUCCGACCAGUGCACUGAUGAGGAGAGCAGGAAGAUCCUGGCAGGACUGUGUUAUGAUUACAGCGAUGGAGCUGUGACAGGAGACCUGUGUGAAGAUCUCUGUGUGACGCACAAGUUGGUUUAUAAGCAUUGUCUUUACUACCGCCGGGGGAAAAAGGUUAUACAAGCUGACUGGCAAGGCAGUUCAAUAAUCCUAAAGUCAAAGAAUGACGUUUUUUCUAAAUUCCAAGCACCUAUCUUGUUGGACAAUUCAGAUCCCAGAACCCUUACAGAUACAGAACUUCUAGUCAUGGUAGCUGUGGAAUUUAAAAAUGCCCUGGGUUUGGACUUACCAAAUAACACCCUAGUACCCAUUUGGAUUGAAAGGAAGAAUCAUCAGAACUGGAAAGUGGAGCUUGCCAGUAUGUGGUCUUUAUUUCAGCAAGAAGAAUAUCUGCUCUUUAAUUUGCUGCAAGACUUCAGCCGACACGUCCUACAUGUAAUUGGAACCUGUGGACACUUCUAUGCAGUAGAGUUCCUGAGUGCUGGACACUCUUGGAAGCAAAAUCUCUUCUCCUUAGAGGAGGUUGUUGGUCAGUGCAGAACAGGUGAGCAAAGGAUGAAUGCUCUCCUUGAUAUCGCCAUCAGUUUUUUAGACAUGGUCCAUCAGUUUGACAACAAGUUCUCUCACCGGCUGCACCUUUGUGAUGUUAAACCGGAAAACUUUGCCAUUAGAAAUGACCUUACUGUGGUUGCCAUUGAUAUGGAUAUGGCAUUUUUCGAACCAAAAAUGCGUAACAUACUGGAGCAGAAAUGUACAUCUGAUAAGGACUGCAAUUUCUUUGACUGUUUUUCAACGUGUGAUUUAAAGACAUUCAUGUGUGGAGCGCAAAGGGAGAACAACAACCUACAAGUUAUCUGUGACAAGAUAUUUCGGCGAUGGUUCUCCAUCAGCAUUAUGGAGUCUACUGGUCCCUUCCCCCUUCAAGUUGAACUGCAUAAAGCUGUGCAGCAAUGUGCUCAGUCUACACAUAAGGAAACCUUGUUUUCAGAGUUAUACAGCCUAUUGAGUGCUAUUCAAAGACAGCUACAGAUAGGAAAUGUGUGAUCUCAGCGGUUGUGGAAAUAUUAGAAGGACCUGUCAAAUGGAGGAAACUUAUCUUUUAUUUACUAGAAGAUCAUAAAGACCUACUUACAAAAAUCUAGCUACAAACAUUUCUUUUAAUGUAUUUCAAUCAUCUCUCAGGUUUGCACUUCGUGAAAAAUAUUGGGGAUUAAGGGGCAGAUGUACUAAACCUUGGAGAGGGAUAAAGUGGAGAGAGAUAAAGUAGCAGCCAACCAACUCCUAAGUGUCAUGUUGCAGGCUACCUCUAAGGUUGAUGUCUCAAGCAGUGAAAAGAGUGGAGAAGUGGACAAAUGAAAAGUUACCUAUAGUAACCUGUCAGCUCCUAGGUAACAUUAUCAAGUAUAUGCUAUAAAAUCACAUGUAGAAACUGAUUAGUAACUAGGUGCAACUUCUCCACUUCACAUUUUCACUGCUUGAUACUGUACCUCAGUGCAUCACCCCCCUAAUGAUUAGCAAACGUGGUUUGUUAUGCACUGGGUGUUAGCAGUGGUCUAUAGUAUGUAAUGAGAAAAAAUAAAGUUUAUACAGUUUAAGCAUUUUA